AUGGCUGGUCUGUUUAGUAAGAGUGUCACUUGUGACAUACACAUUACAUUCAAAAAGAGUGAUGCAAAAAGGAGUCUCUGUCCUUUCCUAACAGAUCCAAAACCAGACAUUACAAUCAAAUUUGAUGAGGACUUCAACAUCAUCUGUUUGAUUCUUGGAUCCGUCGGUCCUGACACCACCUGUAACCUAUAUGUUGGAGAGGAGAGUCAGCCAUCCUUCACAGCACCGAUCAAGAAGAGAAAAGCCACCUCAGCAUCCGGACAGCAGUUCUGUCAAUUCACUCCAAAACAUAGUGAUCUGAUCAGUCGUCUACAGUCAGUGAGGCGUAAGGAGGUGAGCUGUGACUACAGAUUGAGCUCAGGACCAAACUCUCUCUCUCCACGCAGUGAUGGGCACAGCUUUACAGAUCUGGUGGGAGUUCAUAUCAGCGAUCCAACAACUAUACAGACACCUUCUAUAGCAGUGAGUUUGACUCCAGGUUCUCGAUCUACUUUGCCGCCCAGCACGACAGCGAGUCCUACAGAAGACACCACAGUGACACCAACUACCAGGUCAACUGUUUGCUGUACUUUGACCACUGACACCCCAGCGAGUCCAACUGAAAGAGGUCAAAGCUCCACAGAAAGUGAAGUGGAAUCAAACAGUCAAGAAAGCAUUCUGUUGGGGCAAUUAUGGCAGGCAGCAGUGGGUGUGGCUUCUGGAGUGGGCGUGUUCCUGGUAGGAUUGACAGCUGUCUGUCUCUGCAGGAGGACCAAGAAAACCAAUUCUCAGAGACCUACAGCCAGACAGGAUGAUCACAGACAAUAUGAUUUGGUGUCUAUGGGAGCGGUGAGCAGCGGAGUCAUGGUGGAUUCAGGAGAUGCUGGAAUCAAUUCUCAGAUCACUUCUGUACUGUCCAUGUUCAUGCCCUCAGGUCCCGUUGAUACACAGGCAUUUGCAAAUGAACAUUCUGAUACGUACCACGUAUACAGCUCAAUCCCCGACAGACCAGCAACCUCAGCCCAGCCGGAUGGAUUGUACAGUCUGCAGACACACUGAAACUACACCUCUGGCUUUCUGUAUCUCUGUCUCACACAUCUCACACAAAUACAUUCUUUCUCACACGACAUCCUUUAUUAUCACUUAUCCAGUUACUGUAAAUAAGUUGGUUAACAGGUAAUAUUUCUACUGUAUUUCACAUGGACAACUGAUUUCUGUUACAUGUCUAUCCAUAAUAUCUGUUAAUGUGUUAAUAUUUCUAUUCGGGGGAUUUUGGAGGGGUACGGGGCAUACUCCCCUUUGAGCAUUUUUCUUAUUUCUUCUCCCUAGUAAAUGCUAAAUCUACUGUAUUUAAGUAUAUAAUAUUGACUGUUUGAUACCUUCUUCCAUAACAGUUGGAUACAAUUAAUUUCCUAUUGGGCAAAACAUAAUCCACAACCAAAACAAACUGCAAAUGCAUACAAACUCAAGUUUGUUGAGUCACAAGCUUGAUGCAUUUAUUGGGUGCAAAGAAUUUAGGACCAAAAUACAUAAUGCUUGACUACUUUAAUACACUAUAAAUGAAUUUGUCCAAAUACUUUCUGGAAUUUUGAGGACUAUUUACAUAAAGUGCUUUUAUAUCUAAAUGGUAAAACAUACAAUAUCUUAAGAAAGUAUUCACACCGCUUGACUUUUUCCAAAUUUUGUUAUGUUACAGCCGGAAUUUAAAAUGCAUGAAAUGUAGAUUUUUUUAUGUCCCUGGCCUACACACAAUACCACAUAAUGUCAAAGUGGAAUUAUGUAAAAAAAUAAAAAAUAAGUAUUCAAUUACUUUAUGGAAAUCCAAAAUAAAUUGAAUAAUACAUUG